AUGCCUCGUAUCACAAAUUCAAACAAAAUAACCCAUGCGCAAUGUUUAAUUGAGAAGCAAAUACAAGAAGCAUCGUCUCCAAACAAUCACUGGACUUUGAUUCAUAAAGACUUCACCCGGCAUCUGAACAAAAAAAAAGAUGCAGCUGCCCCUUACUGUGUUCCCUCCCCGUCGUCGGCCUCCUCUCCGCCUCAACUCCGACUGCUACACCACAGCACCUCCGGCUCCGCCUCCGACGACUUCUGCAACGACUUCUACAGGCAUUCAUUAACAUCAUUUAUUAUGGAUUGAAGUAAAGAAAUUAUGUUUUACACAGAAAGGGUAUUUUGGGGAAUAAUUGAAAAUUAACAAGAGAAUAGAAGAUUUUUACCUUUUUAGAUAUGUUUUAGGUUAUCAUUGUUUUGGAGCUUUUAAUUGUUUUGGGUACAACAAUUAAGAAAUAGGUUUGU